AUGGUGAGUCCACGAGCUGGCGGAAAAACAGGCAAAGAUUCCGGCAAGGCGAAGGCUAAAGCAGUCUCACGUUCAGCAAGAGCAGGCUUACAGUUCCCUGUUGGAAGAAUCCACAGGCAUUUAAAGAACCGGACAACUAGCCAUGGACGUGUCGGUGCUACCGCUGCUGUUUACAGCGCAGCCAUUUUGGAAUAUUUGACUGCUGAGGUUUUGGAGUUGGCGGGUAACGCGUCUAAAGAUUUAAAAGUAAAACGUAUUACACCUAGGCAUUUACAACUUGCAAUUCGUGGAGAUGAAGAAUUGGACAGUCUUAUUAAAGCUACCAUUGCCGGAGGAGGUGUUAUCCCACAUAUCCACAAAUCACUUAUCGGCAAAAAAGGUUCACAAAAGCCAGCAUAA